AUGAUGGUUAAAGAUAUUAAUAUCUUAUUAUCUGAGAUUCGUUAAAUUUCAACAAUUAAAAGCUGUCUUAUCUUAACAAAAAUAAAAAAUAUUGAAAUAAAAUCUUGUUAUUUAGAAUACAAUUAAUUGAGAAUAAAUUAUGAUAAUAUUAAUUUCGAUCAAAUGGUAAUCAAUUUGUAAGAAUAUUAUAAUUAAUGAAUUCCAACAAUAAAAUAUUAAUUUAGAAAUCUAGUAAAAUUGAACACUAAUUUCCUUACAGAUGAAGAACGUCUUCGAUAGAUUAUUAUUAAUGGAAAAUAGUAUAGAAAUGAACAUAAGGAUGAAUAAAGAACUAAACUUUCUGGUCUCUUUAUAGCUAAUUAUUUGACUAAAAUAUUUGGAGUUUCAUUUUUUAAUAAAAGGAUUAAUUGACAUAUAGCAAAUAAAGGAUUGAGAAUUAUCACGACCUAAGAAUAUAAUAUGGCACCAAAAUUUCAUUUACUGUCAGAAAUAUGAUUUAUGAUCAGAAUAAUGUGUAAUUUCUUCUUGAUGAGAAUUUAGAUGAAGAUGAUUAAAAUCAAGAUGAAAUUAUUGAGAGAUACAUAGUUGAAGAUUAACCUCAAUAUUUAUAUAGAUUUUAAAAGUAUUAAUAUUAUAUAUAUUUAGACCUAUUAAAUAUACUGUAAUGAAAAAUGAAGAGAAAAAAGUAGUUUAAGUAUUAGAAGACAGAAUAAUUAAAAUACCUCAAUUAAAUGGUAUGAUGAAACUAUAGGAAUCAGGAAGAUUGAAAUCUCUAACUAUUCAAAUGGAAUAAAUAUAAUUCCCAUAAGAAAAAUGUAUUUGUGAAAAUACAUUAAUAAUAAAUAGUGAUUAUUAAUUUCAAUCCAUUUUGAGAGAUUUUAAUUUCGAAAUUGUUAAUGAAAUUGAAGCUUUGAGAAUAAUUAAAAUAAAAUUAAAAGAGAAUCCAUGUAUAUAAGUAUGGCAUUCAAUAAAUUUACAUAAAUAGUUCAAAUCCAAAAGUCAAUUAUGA